AUGCCAUCAAAAGAUUCGAUAUCACGUUUAUGUCUUGGCGGUGAAAUUGUGAAAGUACCAUCGCUGAUUGUUCAAAUGGAAUCGUUUUUUCGAUUGGCAGUAAGCAAAAAAAUGCACGAUUUGCUUAGUGUUGAAGCGCAGAAAUAUCUAACGAGAUUUUUGCCGAGCGAAAAAUAUAAAGGUCAUGAUAAUAGUUCAAUAAAGGAUAUGAUAAUUGCUUUGGAUGAUAUAUUUACUGACGACAAAAAUUUUUUCUUUGGUAAUCCUCUCGAAAUUGUUUAUUCUAAAAUAAGAUGUGGUUGGUUUAAUCCGGAAAGACCAGCUGAUAAGGUUCAAUUACGCGACAAUUGUAUGGUGCGAUAUGACCAUUUCAUUCGUGAAUACCAUAUAAAUCUUGUUAAAAAAUUGCAUAUCGCUCGCCAGAGACUUUUGAAUCACAUUUCCUAUGGUUAUGAAAUAUGUUUACCUCCUCAUCGCGAUAAAUUAUCAUUGAAAAGGAAAAUUGCGCGGAGAAAAUUGAAAGAGCGAAUUGAUUGUCGUUAUAAAAUGAUGAUCGAUGAUAUCAAUAAAAAAGCAGAUGUUGAAGAAAUAUCGUCUGAUGAUGAAGAUUUAUCUUGCAAUCAAAGAUUACCUCUGAAAAAAGUUGGAAGAAGUACUCUAUCUUCACCGGAUUUUCCAGAUUUGGAUUUGCACCAUCCAAUUUAUAUGGACAACGUAAAAGAUAUGUUGAAGAGUUAUGCAAAAUUUAAGCGCAAUUUUCCAAAGUCACCGGCUCUUGAUUUCCAUGAUAUAACAAUCGAAGGAGUCUAUGAGCGUUCCGGUGUUUCUUGUAUUGCUGAAAAGAAUUUACCAGCUGAAAUAACGGAAGCAAUGAAACAACAAAUUGAUCCGCCUAGAUAUUCAUCGAAAAGUUGGAAUUUAGCUGCCGCACUUCGUAAUUGUAAUAAUAAUUGA